AUGCUGGCGUAUGCUCGUUGCCCAUUUCGUAGGUCCAUCUACAAAGGCCUUGGAUCGCGGAGAUAUCUUCUUAAAAGCAAUGAUUUUUUUGCACUCAGAGACCUCGUUGAUCUGUCCAAAGGCAUGUUUGCAGCCCUGCCGCAGAUGAUGGAGAAUGUCUCGAGGAAAAUCCUGGAACAUAUAACCGAGCAGUGCCUCAUAUGCUGUGAUUUGGGUAUCCCUUGUAAUGCUCGACAAGAGUGUGAAGACCUAACUUCUCUCAUUUUCCCUUUUCAGGAAGGAGAGGUUGAAAGGUGCAAAUCUUGUGAAUCAGUUUUCCACAAGCCAUGUUUCAAAAAGAUAUCAAGUUGUCCUUGUGGUGCAUAUCUUAAGUUGGAUGAGGCCAAUGGAGGCACAAUUAAGAGAAGCCUUGGCGUCGGUACUGAGGUGGGUAGCACAGUGGACUCAUUGGGCAGGAAGGGGGAUUCUAGGUCACCAUUGGGAUUCCUCUCCGGAAUGUUCUCUAAGGCGAGGCAAGCGAAGCCUAGAGACAGCAAUACUGUUAUCUUAGUGGGUUCUUUACCAAACAUCUCCCUCUGA